GCCGCGGAGAGAGCGCGGGUCGCGAGAUGCGGCCCGAGGACAGCGCUGGGGCUGCCGAGCCAGGGGAGCCGGUGUUACUGCUGACCGACGAUGCACCCCCGCGCGCGAGCGAGGAGCCGGCGGCCGCCGAGACAGAGGGGGCGCCCGGCCGCGGCAGGUGCUGCCUCUGCCCUUCCUCACCGUGCGGCUCGCGCGCGGAGCCGGCCAAGAAGAAAGCACCCUGUCCUGGACUUGGCUUGCUUUACACAUUAUUGUCUACCUUCUUUUUCUCAUUGACCUCUUUAUUUGUUAAAAAAGUGCAAGACGUCCAUGCUGUAGAGAUUAGUGCGUUUCGAUGUGUGUUCCAAAUGCUAGUUAUUAUCCCUUGCUUAAUUUACAGAAAAACUGGGUUUAUUGGCCCAAAAGAUCAACGAAUUUUCCUCAUUCUCAGAGGAGUCGUUGGUUCUACCGCCAUGAUCCUUAUAUACUAUGCUUUCCAGAGAAUGCCCCUCGCUGAUGCCACAGUUAUCACGUUUAGCAGUCCAGUAUUUACGUCCAUAUUUGCUUGGAUAUUUCUCAAGGAAAAAUGUAGCCCUUGGGAUGCUCUUUUCAUCGUGUUCUCAAUGACCGGAGUGAUCCUUAUCGUGAAACCACCAUUUCUAUUUGGUUCCAGCUCUUCAGGGACAGAAGAAAGCUAUUCAGUCCAUCUUAAGGGAACAUUCGCAGCAAUUGGACAUGCCGUAUUUUCCGGACUCACUCUAGUUAUCCUAAGAAAACUGGGAAAAUCUGUGGACUACUUUUUGAGCAUUUGGUAUUAUGUAAUAAUUGGCCUCCUUGAAAGCAUCAUCGUCCUCUUUAUAUUGGGAGAGUGGAGUCUGCCUUACUGUGGGUUGGACAGGCUAUAUCUCAUACUAAUUGGUGGAUUCGGUUUGGGGGGUCAGGUAUUUCUCACAAAGGGACUUCAAAUAGAAAAAGCAGGGCCAGUAGCAAUAAUGAGGACAAUGGAUGUAGUCUUUGCUUUUACCUUCCAGAUUAUUAUCUUUAAUGAUGUGCCAUCGUGGUGGACGGUGGGUGGUGCUAUCUGCCUAGUAGCCAGUAGUACUGGAGCAGCCAUUCAUAGAUGGUACCAGAGUUCCAAAUGAAGCAUCAUUGCUGCAAUACAUAUUUUUUUCAAGUACACCUUCACCCAAUUCAGACACACUACACAUGCAUACACACCUGGGAAAUCUGCAUUUACUUUGAUUAUAUGGAAUAAAUUUCAUAAAGUGCCAUUUUUGAAUAUGAUAUGUCUUUAAUUAGCUAAGAAUAGCUAGUCUGUUUGGUCUAGCAAUUUUUGGGGGUAGCUUUUGUUUUGAUUUGUUUCUUGUUAGGAUGGCAUUGGUGAGAGGAGAGCACAAUGUUGGAAGAAAAACCAAAAAUUUUUAUGACUCCAGUA